AACCAGACUGAUAAUAAUAACGAUGUUCAUAAUAUGGACAAUUCAAAUGACAAUGAUAAUUCGGUUUAUUUCGAUCCAGAUAAAGAUCAUUCAUCGGCGUACGAAACAAUCAGCGCACAAAAUGGAAAUGAAGAAGAAAGACCUGUGAUUCAGUCAUCAACGAUAUUAGAUGACAAUGAUAAUGAGCCAUUGAUUGAAAGUGAAUUUCGACAACAUAAAACACAUUAUUAUCGUGAAAAAAUGAAUAUUGAACAAAUGACAUCGAAUAUAAUGACUACAAACGUUGAAAAUUAUAUAUUUGCUUUACAGUGGAUAUUGAAAUAUUAUUAUAAUGGCUGUCAAUCGUGGUCAUGGUUUUAUCCACAACAUUAUGCACCCUAUUUAUCCGAUUUAAAAAAUUUCAAGGAUUUAAACAUUCAAUUUGACAAUGGAAAACCAUUUAGACCAUUUGAGCAGUUAUUAGCUGUGUUACCACCCACAAGUUGUGAUUUAUUACCAAAACCGUUACAAUCGUUAAUGACUGAUAUUGAAAGUCCAUUGUUACAAUUUUAUCCAGAAGAUUUUUGUCUUGAUCAAAAUGAGAAAAAACAAGACUGGGAAUCCAUCGUUCUAUUACCAUUUAUUGACGAAAAGCUGUUGUUAAGUACAAUAUCAAAAUAUUAUACAAAAUUGAAUGAUGAAGAAAAAUUGCGAAAUAAUCAUUCUUCAUCGUAUUGUUAUAUAUCGACUCGUGAUUUGAAACCCAUUACAAAUAUUUUAAUAAAAAAUCCCUAUUUUCCAUCAAUAACAGAAACAAAAGCAGUUUGUAAAGAAUAUCCAUACAAUUACUAUCAUUCUGAUGGUUCCCCAUUUAAAACUGAACGAUUUACGGAUCAACCAGUAUUAUAUCCAAAAUUUCCAUGUUUAAAUAUAUUGAACUAUGACCAUUCGUUUAAAAAUGCCAUUGUCAACAUAUUUGAUAUAAAAUCAAAAUCGGCCACAUUAAUAUUAAAAUUGAAACACCAGCCAGAUCAAGAUUUAAUAACAUAUAAUAAUAAUUUUAAACCUGUGAACGAAGUUAAUGAAUUAUCAGUCGUACCAUUUACAAUUAAUAAUCAAAAAAAAUUAAUUGAACGUUAUAUGGGUAAAUGUCUAUUUAUGAAUUGGCCACAUUUUGAAUAUGGAAUUGUCUGUGCUAUUAGCGACUAUAAACAAUUAUAUGUUUGGCAAAAUAUUCCCAGUGAAUCUGUUUUUUCAUUACAAUCAUCUUACAUAGAAGAUGCAAAACAUUAUACACAAACACCAGUGUAUGUAACACAUAUACCAUUUGAAUAUGAUGAAGAAAAAUAUAAUGAUACAAAAAUAAUCUAUUCAACUCGAAUAUUAUCAGAAGAAGAUGGAAAAAAUGAAUAUUCAAAAGCCAUGAAUAUUAGUCGACGUUAUGAAGUACGUCAAGGUAUUCAUAUUGGACAUAUUCCAUUGCUAUUAUAUAUAAGUCCAUUAAUUGGUUAUAGAACACAAUAUCGAUCAUCAACAAGUGAUAAAUGUUCAACAUAUAAAUGUUUUUCAAAUCAAGCCUAUCCUUAUCCGUUACAGACAUGUUUAUUUCAGUUGCCAAAUUACAGAUCAGACAAAGAUUUAUUUCAAUUUCCACAAACAAUCAAUGAUCAUUUUAAAAUCAAUGAUCCGGUAUUUAGUUUAGUUCCAACGAAUUAUUCGUGUGAUGGUCAAGUUCAAAAUGUGAUUGUUCAUAAUGGUAAACAUAUUAUUGAAUGUAAAAUGAAUACUAAUGCUAUGAAGCAACCAGAUAUAUAUGCCGCUCAGCUAAAAUUACAAAAAUGUGAGAUAAUUUAUUAUACAGCACAAGAAGUUGCCAAAUAUUUAAAAACACAUGCAGUAAGUGGUACAAUUGUAAUUACCAGUGGCAACCGUAAUGUUGUGGGGGGGAGACUUAAUAUAGGUUUAUCAUGGAAAAUGAAUUAUCCAGUUAGACAAUUACAAGGUUAUACUAAAAAACUGCAAGGUAUAUGGUGUUAUUCGGAUGAAGCUUCUAAGGUUAUUGCCGAUUACAUGAAAAAAUUUCCUGAAGUUGUUGCAUAUUUAGUGAAACAUCCAAGCCUAGAAUCUUAUUCAGAACGCUCAAUAUGGCCAUCCCAAAAUGGAAAAACACGGGCAAUGGAAAUUAGGACAUGGAUAAAAUCUUUACCAACAUAUUCAAUGCAAUUAACUGAUGCGUCAUGGAUGGUAUUAGACACACCGGUUAUUGAAGAAAUAAAUUCUAUGGUUACAUCUUUUUAUGCUAAACAAACAAAUAAUCGUAGACAUUCAUCGUCAGGUGUCUCCCGUAUUGAAACUAGUCGACUGUUUAAACCAUGUGAAUAUCUUGGUUUAUGUGAUCCUGAUCCACAAACAAGCUUUUUUCUACAUGAUCGUGUUGUCGUCGUAAGAUUAGGCGCUGGAGUACCGAUUGGAUCUCGUGGUACUGUUAUUGGUAUUAUGCCUGGGCGUACGCAUUUGGAUACUUAUUAUGAAAUACUAUUUGAUCAUUUACCAAACGGUAGUUUGUAUUCAAUUUUAUUUAAUGAUGAUCAACAACAAUGUCGAGUUAAAGUACGUUCGUAUCAUUUAUUAAAUUUUACACAUAGUCUGAGGUUCAAUGCAGUAUAUAAACAACGUUCAAUAUCAAUGGUCGAAAAUGUACGCGACCAUCGUUUAGUAGAAUCACUAAUUCACCCAUCAUUACAACCACAAUACCAUAAUAUGUCAGUUACAAAUGAAAACAGUCAUCCACGAAAAAAUCGAGCAUUAAAUCGUGGCAUCAGUGAUAAUAAUGGAAAUAUUACUACUGGUCAUUCAAAUGUCGUUCGCAAUAAAUCGAAUAUUGCUACAAUUGAUUAUCACCAGUUAGCAGCUCAAAAAGCACAACAGGAUCUAGUACAAAUAAAAAUUAACAAUAUGAAACAAGGGCCUAGAAGUCGAACACCGCCCCCAACGAGAAGUAAAUCGAUGUUAGCAGGCGAAGAUAGCGAACAACAAUCAAAAAGCAAUAAAAAAAAAAAUUCUUCAGUAUUUGAACGUACACUUCCAACAACAAACCGUCAGCAAGAUCAACGGCAGUUAGAAAAUCACAAAUAUGAAACAAACGUAACACAUCGAGAUCUAAAUAAAGGAUUUAUAAUUCCACAAUCAACAGAAUCUUCUGUUCCUUCAGUUUCUUCUGUAAAUCGAAUUGAUUAUAGUCAACGAACAUCAGGAGAACAAAUUCAACCAUUAACAUCUGUAGUUUUACCCCCAACAUCAUCGUUUAAUUCUUCUUCGUUUCAACCAAUACUAUCACCAACACCACAGCAAUCAAAUGAUAAGCCCGUAUUUGACCUGUCAAAGAGUAAAAUGAAUCCGGAUGCACCAGAAUUCGUAAUGCCAAGUAAAAAUUAUCUUCAUACAAAAUUCUUAAUAAUAUUGAAUGAUGAAAAACAAUUAAAAUUAAGAACAACAACAUUAUCAUCAAAUAGAAAAGAAAUAACGACAAGUGAAAGAUCGGCAUUUACACCAAUUUAUUCGGUUCCGUUCUCUGCUACUACAUUAAUUACAAUGCAAUCGAAUACAUAUGAUUCAAUGUAUAAGUUACCACAAGAAGUUUCGGCUCAACAACAGCAACAACCAUCUUUCUUCAGUUAUGCCAUAGAACAAAUGUGUAAAUCUCACAAAGAAAGUGAACAGCAAUUAUCUGACCAAACAAAUGAUGCCAAUACUCAGUCACAUCAAUUCUAUCAACAGCAACAAUAUAAUCAAAACACUUAUUUACAAAAUAGUCCGUAUAGCCAUUUAGAUACAUCAUCAAGUUAUCCUUUGUCGGCUAUGCCAGUAAAUAAUAAUCAUUCGUCACAAUACAAUCAAAAUAGUAACAUAAACGAUAUUGUCAAUAUGAUGGAUUAUUCUCAUCAACAACUGAGUAAUGACGGUAAUCAUCAACAUAAUGAAGCCAAUGGUGUCUCGAAUCAAUCGUUAAACAAAGCCUUGAUUGAACAACAACAACAACAACAACAAAAUCAAUAUUUUCCGUCGGUUAACGAUUAUGAUAAUUCAUUUUUAAAUACAACAAUGGCAUCGAUAUCAUCGAAUCCAAAUUCGUUAUUAUACAGAGCUAUUUGUGAAUCAGAACAAUUCCAGCAAGUUGCUGGUCAACAACAAUCUACCAACUAUUCAAACAAUAAUAUUUCAUAUACACAACAAUAUCCGCAAAUGAUGAUGCUUCCUCCAUUUAAGAACAAUGUUGAACCAUCUAUACCUAUGUCUUUGCCAUCGUAUCAAAAACAUCAACCGCCGCCUGCCGCCCCAGUAUCUGUUGCUCCUCCUACAUCAACAACAAAACCUAGUGCAUCCACCUUACAAUUUAUACCAUCACAAGUGUUGAGAAAUAUUCCAAAAUGA